AUGUCUAGCACCACAAUUUUCCACCAUAGAUGCGAGGCAUGGCAACCCGAAAACUACAUUGAACCCGAAAGUUGUUCACCAUACCCUGAGUUUUUAAUUGAAUUGUAUGCCAAUUUUGAAUCAAUUGAUGUACAAGGCCAGAUUGCCACAAGCCCCACCAAAUACAAAUCAUUCACUAUGCAACGUGACCUAUUGAUAAUGAACCAAAACUCAUGGUUCAUCUUGUCCAAUAAGCUUUCUCAGAUGGACGUGCCCUUCAAUGUUCAGCCAUCAACGAUACAAAAGAUUUCAACUGUUGCUCGUGAACUUGCUUGUGAGGCUGACAACAUGCACCGCAAGACUAUUCCAAUGAUGGUGGUUCUUACUGUUAUACAAGGCUUUGAUCAAGAACUUGAACUUUCUGAGGCUUUAUGGGAAUCCAUGGAUACCUGGGUGAAUACAAGCUCGGUUUGUGGAAGAAAAUCAUUGGUUGAGAAAUUGGAGAAGGUUAAAGUUGAAGAUUUUGAAACACAAUGCGUUAUAUGUAUGGAAGAUAUUUUGAUGGGGUUUGAAGCUACUCGUUUGCCUUGCUCUCAUGUCUACCAUGAAGAUUGUAUUGUGAGUUGGCUUAAGCAGAGUAACCUCUGUCCAUUAUGUCGGUUUCACAUGCCAGUUGAAUGUGUCUAA